UAAAAUGUUUAAAAAUAAACUUUGAAAUAAUUAAAGCAGUAAUAUCUUCUGCUCUGAGAAUUGUUUUGGACAACUUUACAUCAAAAAGGUUGAGAACCACUGAGCUAGAAUAUUAAUAAAGUAUUACAGUAGUAUUUGCAUUUAUAUUUGCCAUCUUAUUGACCUUCUGAACUUCAGUAUUACUUCUACACAGGCUGAUAAGUCAGGUUAAAGCAACAAGUCAAAAGGUUGGCCACGAACUAGCCUAUGCCUUGGAGACUCUCUCCGCUCUCUCUCUAACUCUCUAUUUACACUCAUUACUAGUAUCGAAUUUCGGCUCAGUACGAUCUCAAACAUGGCUCAGCAGAAAUAUAAAAUACUUAAUGACAAAAUGUUCACCUACCAAGGAACUGUCGCACUGGCCGACGGUUGUGAUGUUAGUUCAAAAUAUAUAUUUAAAGUGUUUUGAAAUAAAGAAUGAUGAUGUCUUUGUUGUUACCUUCCCUCUCUCAGGUACACUGUGGACCCAACGAAUCAUUACAUUAAUACAUGCUGAAGAUUUCCCAGACACAGACAAACAACUCACAUGCAAGCAGAUGCCGUGGCUGGAGUAUCAAACAAUGCAUAAUAAUUACAACACACGACCAUCUCCAAGACUCUUCUGCUCCUAUUUACUCCAGCAGCUGAUGCCCAAAAUGCUGCAAAAGAAAAAAAAAAAAAGUGUCAUCUAUGUCAUAAGAAACCCCAAAGAUGUCAUGGUGUCAUAUUUCCAUUUUUCCAACAACAAGAAAAACCUGGAUUCUUCCAAGAAUUUUGAUGAGAUGCUGGAAAAAUUCUUCACAGGAUUCACUCUCAGUGCCCACCUCCACCUGCCAGUGGAUCAGCAGCUUCCUGACAGACAGACAGCAGUUAGUGAGGCUUGGAAAAUUCUCAUCCAGCACCCGCGUACAACCAGCACUGGAGCCCCUCAGGGUUGUGUCCUCUAUACCAAUGACUGCACCUCUAAAGACACCUCUGUCAAACUCCUGAAGUUUGUGGACGACACCACAAUCAUCGGCCUCAUACAGGACAGUGACGAGUCUGCUUACAGACAGGAGGUCAAAGAGCUGGCUGAAUUGUGCAGUCUAAACAACUUGGAGCUCAACAUGCUCAAAAUAGUGGAGGUGACAGUGGACUUCAGGAGUAAUCCCCCUGCACUCCACCCACUCACCAUCAUGGACAGCACGGUGGUAACAGUGGAGUCAUUCAGGUUCCUGGGCACCACCAUCUCACAGGACCUGAAGUGGGACACUCACAUUGAAUCCAUUGUGAAAUAG